UGUGGAUUUAAAUAUUCUAAGUGCUACGUACUGGACAAUCGGUACACCUAUUUAUAGUACACGAAGCAGGAAGAUUCAUAUGACAAUCUGGUUUUAUUCAGGAUCAUGUAACUGGUUUGGGUUGUAAAUUUCCAUUGAACAUUUGGAAGUCAGACAACUAUCUCGCUGGCUAGCUGCCCAUUACUAUACUAGCUGGACCAAUGUUUUGGAAGAACACUUCGGCGGUAUGACAACCGUUUGAAGAACAAGAGAGGAUUAUUAGAUACCACACCUGGAAAGCUUUAGGAUCUAAUUAAAUAAGUUCCAACACCAUUUCAGUUAUCCUUUGAUCGCGUUGUGUACCAAAAGCUGUAGGCUACCACCCAUUCAGCGAUUUAUGCAAAAUAGCUGCCGUGGAGCAUAAAUAUCCUCUUAAAAACUUUCCGAGACACAGAAGAGUCUUAUAGGGAUCGCAGAUGAGGGCUCCUUCCGGCGCGUUUCCUCAUUCUUCUGCUUCAUACUUAUUAGGGAAUCGGAUUGUGCGGCUGUUUACUCCAGGGCGCAGUUAUGUUGUAGAAUCACUUGCACAUUAACGUAAUACGCUGAGAUUCCUAUAGUCGCAUGGAAAUACUGGCUGCAGGCUGUAACAAGAAGCCAGUCUGAGACCGUAAUCCACGAUGUCACAGGACAGGAAGUAUGCUGCCGUGUCCCUCUGUCCUAAAAGCCAAGACAUCCUGACACUUGAUGCCGGUGGCCAUCCAUACCAACCGGGCGUCUGCUUCCAAGAUGGCAUAAGACGGGUGGACUAUGUCCUGACCUACAAUGUCAAGAAGUCCUGCAGGGCACUACGGCCCUCGCUCAGCAUCACGGCGAACGGCUUCUUCCGCAGGCUGCGUCGCUCCCUGCAGUGCUGCACAGGGCAGCCUUCCGGGGCCAACCGAGACAGCGCAGUGGAGAAGGCAGCCUUGGACCAGCAGGAGGAAGAAAAGCGCCUUUUGCGAGAUGAGUUUGAGGAUAACCUGAGGGAGAUGGGCCUUGAGUUGGAGAAGGAUGAACAUUCGAAGAUUCCUGGAGUGGGAUUCCUGAAGAUACACGCUCCAUGGGAUGUCCUUUGUCGUGAAGCUGAGUUUCUGAAACUUAAGAUGCCCACCAAAGAGGUUUACCAAGCCACCUCUCGGAGCAAAAUGGUGAAGCUGAAAGGGUUCAUCGAAGAUCUUACCAAGCCAUUGCUUCCAGAUGUAGAGGAGAGUAGGACCCACAAUCCAAAGCAUGUCUGCUAUCCCUUUUCUAGGGAAAAACAACACUUGUUUGAUUUGUCUGACAGAGAGAACUUUUUUGACACUAAAACAAGAGGUUUGAUAGUGUUUGAGGUGUUAAAACGCACAAAAUGCAUGAGCAGUGAAGAUGACGUGGGUUUUCCCAGCCUUCUUGCUAAAGGGAUUUACACCAGCGCCUAUCCUUUACACGAUGGAGAUGUGGAUGAUGAGGCCCCAACUCCCAAUGACAGGAAGAUUUUGUAUAAUGAAUGGGCAAGUUACAGCAGCUUCUACAAGUUCCAGCCUAUUGGUCUAGUCAGAAAAUACUUUGGGGACAAGAUCGGCUUGUAUUUUGCCUGGCUGGGCUUGUACACUCAGAUGCUGAUUUUUGCCUCUGUUGUUGGGGUCUUGGUUUUCCUCUAUGGCUGUAUCACAGUCGAUCAUGAUAUCCCCAGCAUGGAGAUCUGCGACAAGAGGAACAACAUCACCAUGUGUCCGAUGUGUGACCGGGCCUGCGGCUACUGGAAGCUAAAGAUGGCGUGUGGCACGGCGAGAGCCAGCCACCUCUUCGACAACACGGCAACCGUCCUCUUCUCGGUCUUCAUGGCCCUGUGGGCCUCCGCGUUCAUGGAAAACUGGAAGCGGAAACAGAUGAGGCUAAAUUACAAGUGGGACCUGGCGACUUUUGAAGAGGAAGAGGAAUCGCUCAAGGAUCACCCACGAGCUGACUAUGAGAACAAAGUGAAGGAGAAGAUACUUAAGCGAAUUGAAAAGAAACCCCAUAAAGAGACAAAAACUGUCAAGCUAACAUGGAGAGAUAGGUGUCCAGCCUAUAUUACCUUCACCGUUUCAAUGUUGCUAAUGUUUUUCGUGAGCCUCGCCAUUGUGCUCGCAAUAGUCAUCUACAGGGUCACAACUCAGGCCGCGCUUCAGAUGAGCACCGUCUCCACGGCCCGUUCCAACGUGCGGCUGACCGUCGUGUCCACUGCCGUCAUCAUCAACUUGGUGGUCAUCCUCAUCUUGGAUGAGGUGUACGCCAAAGUCGCAGUCUGGCUCACUCAGCUAGAGGUGCCAAAGACUGACACAAGCUAUGAGCAGAGACUGAUCAUAAAGACCUUCAUCCUCAAGUUCCUCAACUCUUUCAGCCCUAUAUUUUACGUCGCAUUCAUGAGGGGAAAGCUCAUUGGUCGGCCAGGAAAAUAUUUGUAUGUUUUGGGAUUAUACCGGAUGGAAGAGUGUGCUCACACAGGUUGUUUGAUGGAGCUUUGCAUCCAGCUGAGUAUCACCAUGCUAGGAAAACAGCUGAUCCAGAACAACCUCUUUGAGAUCGGCAUUCCCAAACUAAAGAAGCUGAUAAAACGCUUCAAAUCAAAGCGGGAGGCUGGCCAGCAGGACCCUUUUAGCGGUAAUCUGAGGCGCUACGAGAAAGACCACUUCCUUGAGCCUUUCGGCAGUCUGAACCCCGAGUACAUGGAGAUGAUUAUCCAGUAUGGCUUUGUGACUCUCUUCGUGGCAUCCUUCCCAUUGGCGCCAGUGUUUGCCCUUUUAAACAAUGUCCUGGAGAUUCGUCUCGAUGCUAAGAAGUUUAUUGCUGAGCUGAGAAGACCUGUACCUGCAAGGGCCAAAGAUAUUGGUAUUUGGUAUAAUAUUCUCAGUGGACUCAGCAAAGUCGCCAUUGUUGUGAAUGCUUUCGUCAUCGCAUUCACAUCUGACUUCAUCCCACGCCUGGUGUACCAGUACGGGUACAGCCCCGAUGGAACCAUGCAUGGCUUCAUCAACCACACCCUGUCAUACUUCAACGUCACCCACUUUGAGCCUAAUACAGAUCCUCUACAGCCCUUUCAUCUGGGCUAUCAGGUCAACGUUUGCAGAUUCAAAGACUACAGACUUGCACCUUGGUCAAAGACCCCAUAUGAAGUCUCCAAGAUCUACUGGGCUGUCCUAGCUGCCCGACUGGCGUUUGUUAUUAUUUUCCAGAAUGUAGUGAUGCUGAUGAGCGACUUUGUGGAUUGGGUGGUCCCGGACAUACCCAAGGAAGUCACCAUUCGCAUCUAUGAGGAGAAGAAGCAAAUGGUGGAGUUCUUCCUGAAAGAGGAGCAAUGCAAGACACAAAGCCUCCCCAACAUCGCCCCAGAGGGCGACAGGGAUCAGAGCAACAACCAGGCGUACCCACAACGUUUAUAGCGCCCCCUACUGUCUGUCUGUGUGUGCUCAGUCUCUCUGGUAUUUAAGAUGAGUGAAUGUGGGGCAGGAGAGGCAUUGACUUCACUUCCUCAGCCUUCUUUUCCUCCAGCGUUACUGUCAGUCACAGUCAGCCUGCUGCACAUCACAGAACUGGGGUCUCACUACAUUGCAGCACAUAAAAUAUUUAAAUAUUUGCAAACAAGGUGAAAUCCGUCCCCAUUUUGAUCUUAAGGUGGGAGGCAUGAAACCUGAAAGCUUUUUAAAAGUGUAUAAAGAAUAAAAAAAAGCAUGCAAUUAAAGAUAAAUAAAUAAAAACUUGUAUAUAAAUAUGUCCAUUGAAUAUUCAGUGUACCAAUACGGGGAUGGAAAUUGAAAUGAUUUUCAAUAUAAUGAUUAUUUGAAGACAUUCAUUCUCUAACAAUGCAAGCCAGACUGGAUUUAGUGUAAAUGUGAAUAUAAGUUUACUAAAGGCUUAAUUUUCUGAUCUUAACACACACCUUGAAUUACAGUUCAAAAAUGGCUCAGGAAUAAAGGGCUCCCCCUGUUGGUCAAUCAAGGCCACUAUAGAGAAUUUCUACCCAUCUACAGUACUAACCACUUUUCCUGCUCUGGUCCACAGGGUGGCCUUGAACCUAUCCCAUGCAGUAGGGCAUGAAUCCUCAAUGCUGGAGGUGUUAGGCAACAGUGUGACUUAUUGAGCCACCAUGUUGCUACAGGGCAUUUGUUACAGGCAAUCAAUUAUUCUUUGAGAUGUAUGUGCAAUCAAUCACAGCUGACUGUUAAAACCAGUUCCUGCAUAAUUUUGUUUACCUGUUAGUGCAGCCGUCGCUGUGUAGCAUGUUUAAAUCCAGACCAAAUAACGACCUCGCUGUGUUCCAUCCCUGUAAUUAUAUAGUAGCAUGAUUUAUUGUCUUGUAACCAACAUUCAAUUUCAAGCACUCUGUUUUACUGCAAGCAUCAAGAGACAUCAGAAGUUGUAAAAACAUCAUUCUCAGGCAUUUCUGUUUGCUCCCUCCACCUAUUCUGCUUAUCCAGCCAAAAAUGGCGGUGCUUUUACGGUAUUUGCUUAACUGUUAAAAGCUUUUCUACACUCCCAGCAGUUUAGUCACUUUCAGUUAGUCCAGUAUUUUGGAUUAACCUACCAUUUGCCUGUUGGUUUUCGCUUUCAUUUUCUAUGAAUGUGCUAACAAUUUAAUAAUAAUAAUAAUAAUAAUAAUAUGUCCUUUUCAUUUUCUUGUUUCUUAUAUGGUUGCUGUUUCCUUUACCAGCAUUUGUUUACAUACAUCUCUUUUGUAUAUUUUUCAGGGGUAAUAAUACUAUUAUAAAUUGAUGUUUAUUCUAUCGUAUGUUUUUCAAUAAAGGCAUUUUGAAGCGUAAUUUACAUUUUA